CGAGUUAUUCACGAGUCUGUUAAACUAUAUGUAGUAUAAACACGUGGAAGAGUCUAUUAUUCAUGAUACCUGCUUACAGAGUAGGGUUUAAGCAAUUUUAUCAGAUUUAAUCUCGCUGGAAAGUAUUUUCUUCUAAAGUGAAGUAAUUAAACUUCCAUUUCACAUAUAUAUUAAGCAAAGUUAAAUUUUCAUGAGCACGGAUCAAGUAAUUAAGUGCGCAUUGUGAGGAAAAUAAACAACGUCAAAAACCCAAGGAGUUCCGCAGCACAGUCCAGAUGGUACAGCCACACCGCAACGCCACCCAGCCAUUUCAGCCCCGCAACCGGUGAAUCUGAACCCGCAACAACUUGUGGUUGUGGUGAGCCUUGUUGCAGAACACCAUUGUUCCGUGUUUGCGCAGCGAAGGGGCAUUUUGGCUGAUGAUUCUCUGCACUGUCAGACAGUGUUGAACAAAAUGGACAUGAAACUAUACGAUGAAGCGUAUCCAGUAGCAAGAUUUCAAGGACAGAAAUAGAGAACAAAAUUGAAGAAUGUCAACGUGCGUAGAUGAUAUUACAAGGGGCCAUGAACUUUAUCUGAGACAUCUGUUACUUUUGGGACAAGCUGCACCAUUGGCUUUGAAGGCAGUUAUAGAAACAGAAGUCAGGAAACGCGGGGAAUCUCUUGCUCAGCUUAUUGGCAAGAAGAAGGAUACUUUCAAUGUUAAUUAUAGAAAACAGUUUCUUCAGCUGUUUCAAGACGAUGAAGUCAAGACAAACACUGAUUCGUGGGACACAUCCUUGCUUUGUGUUGUAACAUUUGUCCUAUUCAAAUCCUGUUUGACCAGUACAGCGCUUCAAGCAGUAACCUGCGUUACUGACCAGAGGAAGGAUCUGGAUAGUUAUGCUCAUUCUGCUUCACUGAAUUUCAAAACCUUCGAGACAAAAUGGGUUCCGUUGAAUUCUGCAAUGCUUGAGCUGAUCAAAUAUAUUGAUGACGAGGCAAAAUUUGAGUGCAAACGAAUGAUUCAUUCCUUUAAAUCAGAAUCUAUCAAUGUUAACAUAGAACUUAUAAACAAAAUGAAACAGAUAAAUGAUGUCAAUCUGCAUCUUAAAAUGGCAAUACAAGACAAAGUCGUCCCAAAUAUUCACGGAGAGACCGGCAGUUGUGACCAAAACGAGUCAGUAGAACUGCAAAAAGAUAAUCCAGUAUUUACGGAAAAACUUCAGAACACAUAUGUCUAUAUCAGUGAAUCAGCCAUUCUUACAUGUAAACUUAACGUGUCUGAGAAAGCAGUCAAAUGGCUACGUGAUGGCAAACCUGUAGAAGAAACAGACACCUUAAUGUUUCUUACAAAGAAAUGUACCCACUGGUUGGCAAUUUCUCGCGCAAAGUUGAUAGAUAGUGGAAAUUAUGCUUGCAUUUGUGGAAAUACAUCAACAACGGCUUUCCUAAAAGUUUCAGAGAAACCGUUAAAGAUAACCGUGGAUUUACAUGUAGCCACAGUAGAUGCAGAUGUCAGAGAGAGUAUGGAUAUCGUAUUAAUUUGUGAGGUCAACCUACGUACGAAUAAGGCUGUCUGGCGACAUAACGGCCAAGUAAUUAGAACAUGUAAUAGGCAUGUUUGCUCGGUGCAAGACCUAGAACACAAACUGACUAUUCGAAAUGCAAAGUUUGAGGAUGAGGGUGAUUACACAGUUGACUUUGGUAAUGCAACAUCAAGUGCAAAACUAACAAUUAAAGGCAACCUCAGUCUCUUACACAAAAAACAACUCAUGGAACAUAUGUUUAGAAACUGGAUAAGAGGGGCACUUGGUCUUAAAUAUUUGAAAAUUGGCUUAGAGGCGUUUUCUGAUAUUGCUGUUUGGAAUCAUCACUCAGAAUUUCUAACACGUCUUUCGAGUAUUGGAAAUAGAUGCACACGCUGUACAACAGAAAUACUCCUCCCGUCGCACAAACCAGAACAUUGUCCAAAGAAAGCAAAUUGUCUAUGUUCGAAGAAACCACAUAAGAGGCUGCCUUGUCCUAACGGAGGUUUUUGUAGCACGUUCUAUGAUAAUAUAUUUUUUGACCAUCGAUUUUUCUGUCCAUUAUUGACGAACACGGACAUACACAAAUGGGGCAGUGAUCCUUGGAGUGUUGCUACAUGUUAUAUCAGUACUACUGGCUACAAAGACAAAAGAUCAGCGAAAAAGAUUGAUUGUGCAGGAUUACUGAGCUUAUUCAUCAACAACACAUUUUUUGAGAGAAGUCUUGGUAGUGUUGAAAUAAAUGGUGAAACAGAUCUAUUCAAACAGGCAAGGGAUGCACGCAAUGACAUUCUUCACAGUGCGAAUUAUGAGUUGUCUGAAGGUGAACUAAGUGAUUAUAUUGACCUGUUCAGAGGCGUCCUGGAGAUCAAAACUAUUACUGGAGAGACACCACUUACCUGUCAGCGAGGUGUUAAAAAUGCAAUGGAAAAUUUGAAUGAGUUACAGAAAUACCAGAUUGAUAUACAUGAUUCUGAAGAUCUUCAAAAGCAAAUUAAAGGCCUACGAGAGCACGCUAUGAAUGAAUUAGCAGAAAAAGUUGACGAAGCAGAGAAACAGAAUCGCAUUAAGCUUCAGCACUUAGAAGAACAACUGAAAAAGAAAGAGAAGGAACUUCAGUUGAUGCGUGAUUUUAGGUCGUCAACACUGCUAAAAUGUGCACAGACAGAAAAAGUGCCAUUCGAACUCAAAUUGCAUAUCCGAGUUGUUGGAUCAACUGGAUUGACAGUUGCGGAAGGGCGACAACGUAUAUUCGAAAGCAUGAAAGAGUAUGUUGCCAGCUACAUGAACAGUCAAGAGCAGCCUAUCAAAUCUAUUGAUCAAUCGGUUUAUUGCCUUCUUGGUUACAUAACCAACAUUAAAGACUGUAAGAUUGCUGACGUAUUUAACGUAGAGUCGUCAGUCGACAUCAAAGUCUAUUGUUUUACUUGUAAGGCUAUAGAAGAGUUUCUCAAGCUAAUCAACGGAAACGAGUUUCAGAAAGAAACAAUAGAGCUAAGGAAAAGGUUAGAGACGCUGGAACGGAUAAAGGCAUGCGACGUAUUAGCAAGCUGUUCAUCAGCAAGUUUGGAAAGCACCAGGACACGUUUACACAUCCGCUCUUCAACCAGUUUCUUCGCUUGUGAUAACCACCAAGUUACGCAGUGCACGUGGUAUUGUUCUGACCAUGACAAGUUUUUUUGCUCGACUUGUAGGGAUUCACACCAUAGAACAUGUGUUGGACUAAAAAUGAUCGUAUCAGAAAGCUCAUACGGGAAACGGACAAAAAGUCUUGUAAUCAAGAGUAAGAUGGGAAAUUAUAAUGUGAAAAUAAAAAAUCUUUUGAUUAAUAAAGAUGACAAUGACAAAAGUGUAUGUGAAGUAAACAGUGUCCGUUUGCUUCCUAAUGGACACAUUCUCCUAACUGAUUCGGGUAAUAAAAGGAUUAAAAAACUGGACACCUCGUACUAUGCUGUCAGCCACUGUGAUCUUCCUGGUCCUUCAUAUGGCUUGUGUUAUAUCGGUAAAGAUAUUGCUGUAGUCAGUGAAGGGCCGGCCGGCAAUAUUCAGUUUGUGAAUAUAUCGGGUAAAAUGAAGCUUGAGCAUACAGUUAAGCUUGACCAUGAAUGCUACGCACUGGCUUUUCAUGGUGAUACUCUCUAUGUCACAGAUCGUAACACAGUAUAUACUUAUAAUAAAGAUCUUCAACAGAAAAAAAUGCUGUAUUGCAACGGUAGGUUGACAGUAUUUGAAAUUAUGUGUGGUAUUGCUGUUACUGAUGAUGGCGAGAGACUUUAUAUUACAGCUCUUUCAGGAGGUACUAUAACAAUAGAUAAAAACGGAAAUCAUCUGUUCACUUUUAAACACAAGGUUGAUUUUGCCAGAGAUGUGUGCGUUGUUGGUGAUGGUACUGUACUUGUACUGGACAAAUCAAACGUUGUGUUCCAGGUUGAUUACAGGGGUGGAAAAGAUCUGGGAAAAAUUGUUUGUCCGUCAGAUGGUUUAGAAUUACCAGAAUCGUUAUGCUAUGAUAGACAAAACUGUAGACUAAUAGUUUCGUGUUACAUGAGUAACUAUGUAACAGUCUUUCAGAUGCAGCAUCCGCAACAGAUAUGGUAAUAAGUAUUCACAUUUCCAUUGGAACUUCUCAUAAAUGUUCACAUAACAAACCCUAUGGUGGCUGAAUUGUGAUUACACUUACGAGCAUAUAUCAUUUUUGCAUAAGACUCACGUUUUGCCGCAUGGACUUCAUUAGUUGAGUUAAAGUGUAAAAUCAUUUUAAAACGGCAUAUAUUUGACAUAAUUAAUCGAUCCAAAACUAAGAUAUCAGAAGCAUAAACAGCUAAACAGCAGGAAACUUGUUAAAACAGUUUUACUUGUAGAAAAUGCAGUCUUGAUCCAAAGUAUAUAGCUCAGUUAAUUCGAUCCUAUUAUACAGACAAAACAUUAAAACAGCUUAAUCACGAUUUUGUUUUACAUCAAAAUAUGAUUACCGUUUGCUUUUCAGCAAAGUAAAAACUUUAGCGCGAAUUAAACUCCGGAACGUUUUUAUGCUUUAAUAUUGCAAUAAACGAUUGUUGGUUGAACAAAUCGAUACUAGUACUACAAAAAGCUUCAGAAUGGUUUUCCGUUUUUUUUAUCUAAACUAAUUAAUUUUAGAAUAUUUAUUAUGAAAAACAUUGGCAAACUUUUAUUGUUUGACGAUUGGAACAAGUUCUUUCUACUUGAUAUUGUACGUAAGUAUUGACCUGGCACUCAUUAAUCUUCGCCAAUAUUUUCGGGCAUUUUCGUUAAUUUACGCAAUAUUUGUAUCCUGAAAGUAUCUGUAUUUCUAAAGUAACAUAUAAAGUUAACCGAUGACACGGUGGCCUAGAGGUAAGGUGUAUGACUUCCACGCACGGGUUUGAAAUCAUUUAAAUCAUUUUUUUUUUCAAUUUAAUGUAUUUAUUAGAAGCUGAUACUCACAAGUAAUUACAUUUGUAUCGAGAAAUAUGCACGAGUUCUGCACCGUUAAUAUUGCGCAACUUUAGGAGCGGUGGUAGGUUAGGGUAGGAACCUUUUUGAAUUCUUAUUUUUAAGCUUAUAGACAAAAAGAUUUUCCCUGUGAUAAAUUCUGGUUAAUAUUUUUUCUUUGUUAUUUUUUUAGAUAGUUAAAUAGUUGCAAUGUAUGUGAAGGUCUCUUUAGGCGAGGGGAGGGUAGAAAAGCAACAUUUGCUUUCUCAAGCAUUUCAGAAAAACAAGAAUUUGACAUCAAAACAAAACACUUAAUAAAAGCAUUGUUUAAUUAUUUCUAUUACAAGAUUUGCCGAUUCAUAAAAAUAGAGGGUCACUGACCCUAAAGCUAUUCAUUUCAUAGCUUAUUAUCUUGACCUUAACCCUUACCCUGCUAAAUUUCGAUAAUGAACUUGUCCAUCUUUCAAUCUGGACAGUACCAUUAGCUGUUAAAAGGGGUGCUUACCAAAAAGAUACUGACUGAAUAGCGAACAGUACAGAUCUUGAUCAGACUGCAUGGUGUACAGGCUGAUUAUGAUCUACAGUGGUUGCAAAGGCAGAAUCAAUCGUGCCAGCAUACUAAGGGUUAACAUUUGGUAUAUGUUACCAUUAUAUGACCCUCUAGCAUUGUUGAUUAUAUAACUGUCCUUGUGCCAGAAAUGGGUUCACCCUUUAGCACUACAACUGUCCUAUAUGCUUAUACAUAGGAAACAUAGUAAAUCUUCUCUCAAGUCAUUACCCUUAGAACUUUGAUAAUAGGCUUGUAUUGUCAGGAUUUGAACCUCAACUCUUAUAUCACAUGCCAGAUAUCAAGGCUGUAGCUUUAUGUCUUCAAAGAAGAAGAUUUUAUAUAAGCCUCUAGGAUAUAUGCGUUACAUGUUUUAUGUAUUCUCUAAACGCUACUGUGAUUUAUUUCAUCUAAUAUUUAAAUGAUGAUAAUGAAGAAUGACAGUUACCUUUUUUAUUCUGCAAUGCCAAUUACUAUCUUGCACUAUCUUUUUUCCAUGUUCAUGCAUAUCUGUUUCUUGUCAGGGGAGCGAUGGACUUGUGGUUAAGGUAUCGGCCGCUCAACCCGGGGUCGUGGGUUCGAGUCCCAUUGAGGCACGAUCAUGACUUCUCAUACCUGUACUGGCUUUUCCAGGAAGCGGAAUGGGGAGUUGUUCAAAUAAGCUUUGGGCUUUUAUCACAAAAAAGCUACAAAAAAUUUGUAAAAAAUAAACUAUCUAUUUCUUAUUUCAUAUUUCCAAGAAGAAUAUUGUGAUUUAACUAAAUUGUCACCAUUUAUUAACUUGACUUCAUCCAUUCAUUUGUAUUUUGUGUGAAUGUCAAUUGCCUAAAACUGUUCCUGGAGGCUGCCAUGUUGUUUACUGCAGCGUGUAAAAAAUCCAUUUUCAUAUUCUGUUGCACUUUCAUCAUUUUAUGUAAUGUGCAUUGAUAGGAUGCUAGAAAAAUAUUUUAAUUAUUAACUUCACUAAAACUUUAGAUUAUUGUUAAUUUCAACUGCGGUCUAAAUUUGGAACUAUCAAUCAUCGGAAUUCUCCGUUUGAUUUCUCUAAUUACAUUUUAUCUACCCAAAUGUUCUUCAUCUUUUCUAACAUAAGAGAUAUGUUGUUUUUGUGUAUUAUUGCUCAUAUUUUGUUGUAUGUCAUGUUAUUCGUAAUUUUACUUGGUAUUUCCGCUCAGCGUAUUUUAGGAAGAGAUUUCCUACCCAACUCUGAUUGGCUUAGAAAAUUCCUAAGUGUAGUCUGAUUGGUUGAGACCUCUCUCCUAAAAUCCUAAACGGACCAAAGCUUAUAAAUAGAGCGACAAGCCUCAUUUUGAUUAGGACAGUUGCGAAGGCGCCAAUAUUUAAAUUUGUCAACACAACUAUCAUACAAUUCAAAAUCAUUCUUAGAGAGUAAUUUAGGAAUCUUUUCUAAAUUUCGGAUUAUAAACUUAAGGAUCAAUGUAUUAGCAUUAUUUAAAUACAACUAUAGGUAUAACGUACAUAUGAAAUCGUGUUAGUAUGAGUUUUAAGAAAUAGAUCUAAAAUUGUUAACUUAGGAUUUUAUAGAUUUUAGAAAACGGUCUUCUAUUUACUAUGGCAACUGUCCCAAUUUUAGAGCUGGCACACUUCAUGAAAUAUGAUUAUUUAUGAUAAUGGAUUACUAUUCCGUAUGUUUUUGGCAGUUAUAAUGCAUUAUUGCAUUUAAUACAGAGUAUAACAACUGA